AUGGCAUAUCGAAGAUGCUUAAUUGCAUCAAUCAAGUGCACUAAAUUUCUAUUGAGACAAGGUCUUUCUUUUCGUGAAAAUGAUGAAAGUGCCACUUCAAGCAAUAGGGGAAAUUACUUGGAGUUAUUGCAAUUCCUUGCAGACAAUGAUGAGAAAGUUAAAGAAGUUGUGUUGGAAAAUGCUCUGGGGAAUCUCAAGUUAGUAGCUCCAAAGAUUCAAAAAGAUAUUGUGAAUGCAUGUGCCGGGGAAACACUUGAUGUCAUCAUGAGUGGUUUAAAAGAUAGAUUCUUUUCUAUAUUGGUGGAUGAAGCACGUGAUAUUUCUGUGAAAGAGCAAAUGGCUAUGGUGUUGCGUUAUGUGGAUGACAAAGGGCAUGUAAUUGAAAGGUUUGUGGGGGUUCAACAUGUUACCGACACCACUUCAAGUACACUAAAGGAUGCCAUUGACAUAUUCUUUUCUUCUAAUGGUUUGAGCUUUUCCAAGUUACAAGGACAAGGUUAUGAUGGAGCUAGCAAUAUGAGAGGUGAGUUGAAUGGCCUUAAAACAAAGAUUUUGAGAGAACAACCUUGUGCAUACUAUGUUCAUUGCUUUGCUCAUCAACUUCAACUAGCACUUGUUGCCGUAGCAAAGAAGAAUAUUGAUAUUGCCUCUUUCUUCACAACCACUAAUAGUGUGGUUAACCAUGUUGGAGCAUCGUGUAAUCAGCGUGAUGCACUUAGAGCACAACUCCAAGAAGAACUUGUGAUAGCUUUUGAAAAUGAUUGUCUUAUAACGGGGCGAGGUUUGCAUCAAGAAACAAGUCUCAAAUGUGCCGGUGACACACGAUGGAGCUCACAUUACGGUACCAUUAUUAGCAUCAUUUCUAUGUUUUCAUCUGUGAUUCAUGUGCUUCAAAUGAUUAUUGAUGAUAAUCCCAAUGAUAGUGCCGGUGAAGCAAAUAAGAUUUGUUGA